AUGGCGGACGCGGGUGCAGGGAGCUUACCUGGGGGAGACUCGGCGCUGCCCCCUCCUCCGCCGCCGCCUCCCCCAGAAGAGCAGGAGCUGAGCCAGCGCCUCCGACGCCUCUACCCGGCUGUCAACCAGGCCGAGACGCCGCUGCCGCGCGCCUGGAGCCCCAAGGACAAAUAUAACUACAUCGGCCUCUCCCAAGGCAACCUGCGCGUUCACUACAAAGGACAUGGGAAAAAUCACAAGGAUGCUGCCUCUGUCAGGGCCACCCACCCCAUCCCUGCAGCCUGUGGUAUUUAUUACUUUGAAGUGAAGAUAGUCAGUAAAGGUAGAGAUGGGUACAUGGGGAUAGGACUCUCAGCCCAAGGUGUCAACAUGAACAGACUUCCUGGUUGGGAUAAACAUUCCUAUGGCUACCACGGUGAUGACGGACACUCCUUCUGCUCUUCAGGGACAGGGCAGCCCUAUGGCCCAACGUUCACUACCGGAGAUGUGAUUGGCUGUUGCGUGAACCUCAUCAACAACACCUGCUUCUACACAAAGAAUGGACACAGCUUAGGUAUAGCCUUUACAGACCUCCCUGCUAAUCUGUACCCCACGGUGGGGCUUCAGACUCCGGGAGAGAUAGUGGAUGCCAAUUUUGGGCAGCAGCCAUUUGUGUUCGACAUUGAAGAUUACAUGCGGGAGUGGCAAGCAAAGAUUCAAGGCACCAUUAAGCGUUUCCCCAUAGGCGACCGGUUAGGUGAAUGGCAAGCCAUGUUGCAGAAUAUGGUGUCUUCUUACCUGGUGCAUCACGGGUACUGUGCCACAGCGACUGCCUUUGCUAGGGUGACAGAGAGCACAAUCCAGGAAGAACAGAUGUCCAUAAAGAACAGACAAAGAAUACAGAAGCUGGUCUUGGCAGGAAGAGUGGGAGAGGCCAUAGACGCCACGCAACAGUUAUACCCAGGACUCCUGGAGCACAACCCUAACCUUCUGUUUAUGUUAAAGUGUCGGCAAUUUGUGGAGAUGGUGAAUGGAACAGACAGUGAAGUACGUUGUUUCAGUGCCCGAAGCCCCAAAUCCCAGGACAGCUACCCUGAUUCCCCCAACCUCAGCCCCAGGCACGGCUCUAACAAUUUGCACAUUCACAGCACUGGAGCAGACAGCCCAACCUGUAGCAACGGAGUUACCUCCAUGAAAAACAAACAGAGCCACAGUAAAUACCCAGCACUGAGUUCGUCCUCGUCGUCCUCUUCCUCGUCGUCCCCUUCAUCGGUAAACUAUUCAGAGUCCAACUCCACAGAUUCCACCAAGUCCCAGCAGCACAGCAGCACCAGCAACCAAGAGACCAGUGACAGUGAGAUGGAGAUGGAGGCAGAGCAUUACCCUAAUGGAGUCCUGGAGAAUUCUGCAACAAGGAUAAUGAACGGCACUUACAAGCAUGAAGAGAUCCUGCAGACAGAUGAUUCCAGCAUGGAAGACGGCUGUCCCCAGAGGCAGCUCUGUGGAGGAAACCACGCUGCCACGGAGCGGAUGAUCCAGUUUGGCCGGGAGCUGCAGACCCUGAGUGAGCAGUUGUGCCGAGAGUAUGGAAAGAACACAACACACAAAAAAAUGUUGCAGGAUGCAUUCAGUUUGCUAGCCUACUCAGAUCCCUGGAACUGUCCUGUCGGUCAGCAGCUGGAUCCAAUCCAGAGGGAACCAGUGUGUGCUGCACUCAAUAGCGCUAUACUGGAGUCUCAGAACCUGCCAAAGCAGCCCCCGCUGCUGCUCGCCCUGGGCCAGGCCUCGGAGUGCUUGCGGCUCAUGGCUCGCGUGGGCUUGGGCUCCUGUUCAUUUGCCAGAGUGGACGACUAUUUGCACUAGCCACUGAGUGAGACGGAGUGACACCCCCUUCCCCCAGUGCUGCCACCACCACCUCUCUCCCUGCCUCGCAUCCUCCCCUUUGAACCUCCCUACACGCUGCCCAGUGGAAGGACACAUUGCUGACCGAGGGAGUUCUUUGCCACGCCUUCGUUCCUCACACAUGGAAACUGUCAGCAGGGCACCCAUCACCGCAGCCCGCUCUGCCCUGCAGCUGUUGCAGCGUUCAGUAUUUUUCACUGGUCAUUCUGACGUGUAACCCCUACCGACUUUAGGAUUUUAUCUUUUUUUUUUCCCGACUGAGCCACCAGUAUUUAUAUCUGGAGAGUUUGUGCUGAGCUGGUUUCUAAUAAUUUAGAGGUAAAAUAUAUAUAUCUGAGUUGGCGA